AUGUGGCGAAAGUCCAUAAUUCUCAUAUGCCUGACGUUCAUUUUGUCGGGAUCACUCAUCUCUGCGCAAUCAAUCGAUGAAGAGGAAUCUGUUCAUGUCGGAGGGAAAGAAGGAAGCGGAAGUCCUCUUCCAGACGAUGAAGACGUUGAAGUUAGUUUUUUUUUCCGAAAUUGGUAAUUGAUUUUUUUUUUCACGAUAAAGUGCUUUAUAGAGAUUUCAACAGUUGAAAAAACUAUAUAUUUCUUGGGAACGAUUUUAUCCUUCACGAAAAGAGCCAGAUGCGCGCUACAGAAUCAGAAGAGCGCGAGAAAAAGGCAAAAAAUGUCGGCAGAUGGGGCUUUUGUUAUAGUCUAUUCUCCAACAGCUUGCUAGGUCGUUUAAAAGCGAUCUAUAGGACCUAAGUAAACGUCUUAUUUCCACCCCUGAUCUAAAAUACUUUAUCAAAAAUAUAUUUCAACUGUACCACCGAGAGUCGAAAAAAAUUAUUUUUAAAAAUAAAAUGGUGACAGGAUAGAAAUCUUGCAUGCAAGCAAGGCAAAGCAUAUUCUUGCUGGGUUUGAAAGUGCUAUUAAAGAGAAAUUUUUUUCAUCAUUGAUUCAUAGAGAAAACUGUUUCAAAUUUUUAAAUUUUUAAGUUAUUUCGAAUACUUUUUUUGAAUUGUUUGAAUUUAUUUUUGAUGAAAAGUUUUUUUCUGGUUUUAGGCUCAGCAUUUUUUUCUGAUUGAAGUAAAGUUUUUUUCAAUGAUAGUGUUUCAGUUUAGAGAUACAUUUUAUUAAAGUUUUUUUCCGGGGUAAGACAGGUUUCUGAAAAAAAUAUCAGAAAGAAUUUUUCAAAAAUAUCUGUAUAAUUUUUCCAGAAAACGUUCACUCAUUUUUUUCACAUUACUUCAACAUCGAGGCCUUUUUGAAUCGAGUCGUACAGUCCUUUUUUCUUCUUCGUUCUAUGCAUCUGACUAAUUCCGUCAUUUCAGUUCAUUGUUUGAAAAAAUGUGUUUCCAUUGCGCAAGGGCUCCACGUGUCUCUUUUAACGCCGAAAUAUUUCUAAGAGAGUGCAUCAAAUUAUAGUACAGUAGUAGAUGAUGCGCGGACAGGUGGGCGGCAGGUCAAGCGUCGCGGAGAAGAAAAUACGUUUGAGACAAUCCUGGUGUGGUCGGGAUUGCGUGGGUUGAUGCGUAAUGAAUACUUUCGGUCAAUUGCAUCAUGACUCGCAUGCACACGUACCGAUGAACCAGCGCGACGAGUAAUGGCCACGGUUUGUCUGUUUUUUGCCUCACAUCCUGUCCCCAGCGUCAUGCGCCGACUUUUUCAAGGAACUUAGUCAAGACAAGAUGCGUUUCAAACUUUGAGAUGCAGCGGCUGUAGUUCGAAUCUGGUUUGAGAUCAGAUAUUCAGUGAGGGAAAGGCUGGAAGACACAUUCUGAGGAUUCGAAAGCAACAUAAUGUUGAAAAAUUGAGCUUUUCGAACUUCUUACCUUUUAUCCUUCUCAAAAACGCCAUAAAACCCUUUUUAAAUCGCAAGGAUAGCGUCUCGAGUUUAUUAAAUCAAAAAACGUAAGCUCCCUCUCAUUUCUUGAUAUCUUACCGGCGCUCUCAUAAUAAUCUUUUUUUCAUUUUUUUUUUCAUAACGAAAGAAAAGAAAGUCAAAACCUUUCUGCUGACUGCCAUUCCAUCACUGCUCAACGCAUUCUGAGUAAUGCACAAAAAGUUCAGCUUGAGGUUCUCAUCGGACCCGACUCGCGGGAAGUCUUACCUGAACUUGAAAUUACAAAAGCGUGAGAAUCCGGCAAGACGACAUGUUCCGGCUCACUUGCUUUGUGCGUCGCUUGUGUUUGGCUUACCCACCGGUAGCCGGCAGUCGCUUUUCGAGUGUCUCAUCGGCGGCUCCAAAGCAAGCUGAAAGUGUGGACGGAGGCCGAUAACAAAGAUCGAAGGCACCGGGGGAAGGUCAAACGUGUUUGGAUUCGACCUGCAUGCGAGACUCGUACCGUUUUGUCUCUUUGCAUAGGACCUUGAUACGACUGCGCGGGAUUGUUGACUACACGCUUGUUGAACUUCGAACAUUCGCAAGACUUUCCGUUCGGUUCUGAAAUUUUCAAAUUUGAGCCCUUGGAAGUUUCAUCUCGGACCUCAAAGUUCUCGAAACCGAAAUGAUUCUGACUCGAUUCGACGUGCUUACAGCUUCGAAUCAUUUAUAAAAAUAACUCGGAAAUUCUUUCACUUUGGAUAAUUAAGUUCCGAAAAAUAGAAACCUGUAAGCUGGGAACGUCAAAAAUACAAUUUAUUCUCAAAAAAGACCCUCGCCAAUGAUUUUCUCAAAAAACUCAGACACAUCUACAAGAAAAUAAUGAAAAUGUAUAUUUUUUCGUGGCGUCUACGUGUUUCUGAAUCCACUUUUAGAAAUGAAAGUCAAAAAAAAAAUCCUUAUCGACACCCUAAAUUCUCAGAAGUAAUAAAAUGACAUGAUUUUUUCAGGGCUCUUCCCUACCUCCGGACACUUACUACGCAACGACACCUUCAGUGAGAUCGAAGUUUGGUACAACAACGGUCGGAAAAGUGAAAAAUUCUGAAGAAUCAUUAGAAUUGACGACGGAGGCUCGGCCAACGACUACUGUACUUAAACAGAAGGUGGGUAAUUUUAUUCUCAAACUUCUGUUUUUCAUGAGUUUCCGGCUAUCAUCGUGCUGAUGUCAAAAGUAUAUAUUCAGGUGACAACUUUUGCGACGUCAACGCCUCGUAUCACCACGAGAGUACUUUUGGAAAGUUCGAUCGGCAACAGCCGAACUGCUCCAGCACCCGCGACGACGUCGUUCAGCACCAUCGCCAUUGUCAUCGUCCUUGGCGCUAUUAUUUUCCUCUUGGCUCUUUUAAUUAUCGUCAUUAUGUGCUGUAAAGCUUAUAACAGUAAGUUCCGAUUUUUUAAACAUCAAAGCAAAUUUUUAAAAACAUUAUUAAAAUGCUUAGGUAUCGUAAAAUAGUUUUUUAAUUUGAAAAUGCUUUUUUGAAUACCACGAUGAGUUUUUAAUUCCAGUUCCACUUCACUGAAUUGAUGAGGCCCAAGUUGAAAGAUUAAACAAAUGAAUCGAUAUGUUUUUGAUUCACUCCAUUCACCGCCAGUUCAGAUAACAUUGAGAAAAAAGGGCCUGAUACUUUUUUUUUUACCUUCACUCAAAUGAACUAUCAAAAUCAUUGAUUCUGUCAGAAUAACUGGAAAAAAACUUCAGAAUUCUUUCAGAUCGCAAACAAGCAUAUCGACCUGGAAAGCGAGAAACUCCGGAAGCAUUACUUAAAGAGUAA